AUCGAGCUACCCUAAAAGCUGGCACAGCUUUGAAUCGCGACUCUUCACAUCGCCAUCUGAUUUCAAAGGCAUAUUGAUAAUACAGUCAUUCAAAAUCAUCAACCAAAAAAGGAUUCACUCAUAAAAUUCUAGCAUCACAUCCCAAUCACCACAAUGCCGACCUCAAAUACAUACUCAAGGCCAAUUCGGCACAUCCAGCGCGAAGACCUCUACACCAACCUCGAAAUGCGAAUCCAAUACCUCCACUCAUUCCUCGACUUUUCAAGCCGCGACAUUGACGCCCUCGUCAACGACUCCAAAUACAUCAAAGCCCUCAUCCCCGCCGUCGCAAACAUCGUCUACAAAAAGCUCCUCCAGUACGACAUCACCGCCCAGGCCUUUACCGUUAGAAGCACAUCCUACGAGGGCCCGCUGGAUGAAAUUCCCGAUGAAAACAGCCCGCAGAUUCUGCAUCGCAAAAUGUUUCUGCGCGCAUACUUGAGCAAACUAUGCUCGGACCCGAGCAAGAUGGAGUUUUGGGAGUAUCUCGACAAAGUUGGCAUGAUGCACGUAGGCCUCGGCCGAAAGCACCCCCUCAACGUCGAAUACAUCCACCUCGGCGCCUGUCUCGGCUACAUCCAAGACGUCCUCAACGAAGCCAUCCUCUCCCACCCGCGCCUGCACAUCCAGCGCAAAAUCGCCCUCGUCAAGGCCCUCAACAAGGUCAUCUGGGUGCAAAACGACCUCAUGGCCCGGUGGCACGUCAAGGACGGCGCCGAGUACGAGAAUCCCGACGCGGAAAUCGAGGUUGAGAGCGAGGGCUACCUCCACGGGAAGAAAGUGUUUAACGACGAGGACAUGCAGGAUGAGGCAGCUGGCGAGGCGCCUCCGGAGAGAUCGUCGUGUCCGUUUUCUGGAGUGCCGGCUUCGGGGAUACCGGUGAAGCAUGUUGAUUUUAAGGAGGCAACAUAGACGAGGGAAUUCACAUGCUAGAGGCGCUUUAUUAUUCAUCUUCAGAGAGGAAGCUUGUAUUACUAUUAUUAUUACCAAUCUUAUGAGGUUUCCAAGUUAUAGUUUAACGGAAUCGGCCAAUUUUGUAUGCUAGCAAUUUAUACUCAAAAUCAUAUGCUCAGUGCUUCUUG